GAGAUUUCAUUCUGAAUUUCCAUUUUCUUUUUCGAACGAAAACGAAACCACAUGCGGUGAUACUUCUCCACCUGUCUCUUCCCUACCCUACCUACCUCUUCAAAAUCCCAUUUCCGAUUGACUUCUUCUUCUUCUUCUUCUUCCUUUCUGAAAUCCCAGAUGUCCCACAGACCACUAGACUCACGGCGCGCCAUAGACUCCUGCACCUUCCAGCUCCACAGCUGGAAACCAUUCCACCUCCCAUACUCCACUAAAACCCUACCACUAGACUCCGCCGAUUCCUCUCCUAAACCCUACCAGUACUCCACCGCCAACGGGGCCCACAGCAAGCGCCCCUGCCUCUCCGAUCGUGCCACGACCUCCUUCUCCAUCGACAUCUCCAGGCUCAGCCUGAUCGAUGACGACCGAUCCGUCUCCUCCGGCCUCCGGUUCAUCGACCGGAAGAGGCGGCGGCGGAGGGGCGGGUCGAGGUCCGUGUCGGGCCGGAGCAGCGACCGGAGUGGGACCCAGCGCCGGUGCUGCUCCGUCGGGGCGGCUAACGGCACGUGCUCGGAUUUCCCGGUGGCGGCGGGGGGGACGGAUUCAAGCGGGGAGUUGUUUUUGAACGGUGGGGGGGAGGGGAAUUGGGCGUCGGAUGUGAGCGAGGCAGCGGGCAAGGGUUCGAGGAGAGAGAGGGAGGAGAGAGAGAGUUUGGGUGGUGGUGGUGGGAUUGGGGUGGGGCAAAUUGGUAAUUUUGAUAGUAUGGGGAAUGAGUCAGGGUAUGGGAGUGAACCGGGGUAUAGAGGGGAUGCGGAGUUGGGAGAUGGGGAUGAGGUGGAUGAAGAGGAGGAGGAUCAAAGGCUCUUGUUUUGGGGUCAAAAUAUUGGAGGUACAGAUUCUAAUAUGGAGAUGGUUGGUGAGAACACACUGCAAAAAACCCAUCAUAGAUGCCGUCGUAAGAAAAAUGAUGUGAGAAUGGUUGAUCCACUUCGUUAAAAGACUGUUGGCAAGUAUUUCAUGGCAAGGUUUGAUGGUUCCUGGAUUUGCCAUCAGUCAUAUAACGCAGUAAUCCAUUUGAUCCUGCUGGGCAGCAUUUUAGUAUUCGCUUUGUUGGGAGCUCAUUGAAUACUUGGUGAGUUGUGCCACUAUGUUGUAAAAAUAUAUGAAGAUCCUUUUUGUUUUGACUUUGUUUGGCUGGUGGUUGAGAAACUUGAUAACUUAUCAAAGGUGUAAAGCUCUGUAUUUGGUUGGGAUGGGUAUAAUGGGUUUGUGUGAACAAGUGACAUUUGACAGAGCUCAAUAGAGGAAAAAGAUUCAUAUAGCCGACCCCAAAUGAUUGGGACAUAAAGUUUGGUUUGGGUGUCGAUUUUCCUCAGUGUUUAAGAAAUUGGUGGAAAGGAGAUUCCAUGCUUGUUUUACCUUCGUUAUAAAGGGAUUUAUUUCUAUAAUGUUCUUGAUGUGC